CACUUCCCGCACGGCCCCGAGCGCCUGCCGCGGCACCAGGUACCUCCGCUUGUCGUCCUUAAAGCACAGCCCGUCUCGAGGGUGUGCGUGACCCCUGCAUCUAGUCUCGCCUCCCGCUUUUGGGAAAAUCUAAGGAAUUGGAUCCAGGGGAACUUGACAAGCUGCGGGCGCUCGGUGUUCCUCUUCGAUGAGAUGGAUAAGAUGUACCCGGGGCUCAUUGACGUGAUCAAGCCGUUCCUGGGGCCCUCAUGGGUUGUGUUUGGAACCAACUACCGCAAAGCCAUCUUCAUUUUCAUCAGCAACGCAGGAGAGGAGCAGAUCAAUCGGAUGGCGCUGGAACUGUGGCGUGCCCGCAAGGACCCAGAGGAGAUCAACCUGCCGGAGCUGGAAUCUGCCAUUUCCAAAGCUGUGUUUGAAAAUCCGGAGAACGGGUUCUGGAAGUCUGAAAUCAUCCAGGAGCAGCUCAUUGAUGUCUUCGUGCCCUUCUUCCCACUGAGGCGGCACCAUGUGAAGCAGUGCGUGGUGAACGAGCUGGCCCAGCUGGGCUUGGAGGAAUUGCCAGCAGUGGUGCAAGAAGUGUCCGACAGCAUCUCCUACUUUCCGGAGGAAGAGCAGGUCUUCUCAUCCACUGGCUGCAAAACUGUGGCCUCGCGCAUCAACUUCUUCCUCUAACGCAAGGACUAGCCUGCCAAGGGAGUGUGCAGUGGCUCCAGGUCAUUGGCUGGCAGGAAGUCUGCCCCUUGGCUCCAACUCCCUGGAGGUAACCUGGAGCAGCUGCUGGGCCCAGUAACAUAAGGAUGGGCCCAGAGAGCAGACAGCACAACUGAUGCAAGCGCUACCAGCUGUGCUCAUCCCUCUUCCACCAGCCCCGCCACAGAGCCAGAUGUGGGGAGCAAAAGACAAGUGACUUGACCUUCAGCACUUUAUCAGCUGAUUCUUUGCCCUGGAAGGUAAUGACAGACUGGCCAGGCAUGCUCAUGAUGUGCUCGAAGGGGUACGCUGCAAGAACUAGGAAGGAGCUUUCACAGCCACCACCUUUCUUCCAGGGCUGGGACCAGGCAGCCUGCCCUCCCGCUCUCACAGUCAAUCCUAGCCCAGCUGUGCUGAGCUGCAGGGAAAGGAGUCCUGCCCUCCUGUGGUUUUUAAUGGAAUUUUUAACCCUUAUUUUAACCUGAACCUCAGUCGUGAUUCCCUGGACAGUGAGUGCUGGUGUCAGGACCCUGUAGCACUGCCCUUGUGCACAUCAGGUCUCAGUUAUGUCUUCAGUCUCUGGAGCACACGUUUGAACUGGGUGUUCUCAGGUUCUCUCUCACUGUGAAUGCACUGCUGGGUCUCAGUCGCAGUCUCCUCAGUUGUACCAGGUAGAGGGCACAGAGGGAAAACCAUGCGACUUGGGGAGUGAUGGUGGCCAGCCUUCCCCUCCCAGGACAUAGCAUCUCUCUCUGCAGGCACUAGGCCAGUAGCCACCCUGGGAAGCAUCAAGGGCUGUACAGGCAAGUGCCUCCCCCUCGCAGAGCAGCAGUUCCUACCUCCCAGACAGAGCGAGCAUCUCCUCCUGGUUAUGAAGUCCCCCCAGGAACGGUACUGUGCUUCAGUCCGUGACUAGGGUGAGUCUUCACCCUGCCCCCUCCAUGCUGUAGAGCUGAUGAACUUACUGCACAUCCAGGCAAGCAGGGUCUCUGGUAUCCAGGCCCUUGCCGGCUGCCUGCUGGCCCUGGCAGAGCUGCUGCCACUCAGCGUAGCAGUGCCAGUGCUGCCAGGCGUGGAAGGGACAGCAAGCAGUAGCUCCCUGCUCAGCACUGCCCAGGACAGUGCCACUGACCCUUACGUGGUGCCUACUGGCCUUUGCUCCCCACUAGGAAGUGUUAAACUGGACUUCAGAGAAAGGGGAAACUGCUGAGGCUGGGAGCUGGGCUGACAGGUCUGCGGGUGGGUGAAUGUGCAAGGUGGGAGUUGAGUGCCAGGCCUGCACCCAUAGGCCCAAGGUGUCUUCAACACUGCAGUGGAGCAGCACUCCAGUCUCACUCAUAUUUGGCUCCCUCGAUCAGAGGCAGGAGCCAGCACUAUGAGCCUCUACUGGGAUCCCACCCAAGCUGCAGCUGGACCAAGAUCCUGGUUUAUAGUUACACAUUCUGCCUCUUCCAGAAAUGUUCGCUGGUCUUAAUUAAAAUAAAUCUCGUCAAGAAACUGGCCUGGCUUCACUGUCAUUCCUUUGGACUGGAGCUGGCAGGGCAGACAGGAAAUAUUAAGAAGCCAUGUAACGGGCUGGAACAGCUGCCUGCCACGGCAGAAUGAGGUUGGACAGGAGCAGGGAGAGAUGCCCAGUGUCUGCUUGAAUAACAGAAAAGGGGUUUGGGAGGCUAACAGAGUCCAGUGAGAGGGGCAUCGCUGUUCUACUUGACCACAACCAUCCAGGGUAGGGCCCAGUGAAGCCACAGCUGCCCCCUCUGCCACUUGCAUCUUUUUGUCUAAAAUCCACGAAGCUGCCUGGACAGUGCUCAGGGGAUAGGGGACAGCAGGGCAGGCAGGCUGCAAAAGCAUGGCCCUCCCUUCCCCCCUUGCAAUCAGAAGGCCCCAGCAGAACUUCUUCCUGCAGGGAGGGAGCACCUUGCUGCUGUCACUUCUCUCUAGCUCAGCCUUGCUGCAGCUCGAGGUGAAACUAACAGGC